AUGGUAAGUGAGUACAAGAAGUUUGAAAAAAUGACGAGAAUGGAAAAAAAUAUCUUCCAUGCUGCCAAAAAGGGCGAUCUCAAAGCCCUUCAGGAGUGUAGCCGUGAGCAUGUGACCCAGGGGCUUACUUUUGAAGGAAACACUGCUCUGCACAUCGCUGCAAGAGGAGGACACCUGGAGGUUGUUAAAUGGUUACUUACUCUCAAGCUCUGCUUUGCUGGAGCUCGAAAUCGAGAUAAGAAUACACCACUGCAUGAAGCUGGUAAGAAUGGCAAUUCAGAGGUUGUCAGAAUUCUGCUGAGGUAUAAAAAGUGCUGUGUGUAUAGGCGCAAUCAGUUUGCAGAGACUGCCCUGAUAAUAGCUUCAGAGCACGGUCACAUUGAUGCAGCGAAGCUCUUGUUGGAAGCCACGCCAUUGUUUCUGGUUUUCUGGCCAAGGAAUGACCGUCAGACAUGCCUCAACGCUGCAGCUUAUGCAGGGAAAUCGGGUGUAGUCAAGUUGAUAUUGAAUGAAAAUGCUAGUUGUUUCAAUAUAAUACGUUCCAUGCUACUUAUUGAGGAUGAAUAUGGCUUUACUCCACUACAUGCUGCAGUUCAUGGAGGACAUCUAGAUGUUGUGCGUGAGAUUUUAAGGACUCAAUUGAAAUGGUGUUGUCUGAGUGGUCAUGAAAAGUUAAUGACAAAGGUUGAUCACCAAGGAAGAUGUGCAAUUCACAUAGCAGUAAUGAAAGGAUUCAUCGAUAUUGUUGACGAAUUCAUAUCAUUAAUGCCAGAUUGUGUUGAAAUCAGAAGCACUUGCCUUAAAUCUGCUGUGCACUUUGCGGUACUAUAUAAUCAACUUGACAUAGUGAAAAGGCUUGCUUCUGAGAAUGAGGAUGAAACAAAUGCAAAAUUAUUCAGCCAUGACUAUGACUUAUUUGGCAAUACAGCUUUGCAUUUGGCAGCCAUGAAUGCAGUGGACCCUGAGAUUGUGGAAUAUAUAGUUUCAAUUCCAAAUGUAAGCUUGAAUAUUACAAAUGAUGAAGGGAAAAGUCCACUUGAUAUGGCAGAAGAGAGAGCAUCCCAAAACAGGAUGGAUUGUAGUGAGAUUAUAAGCAUUCUGAAAGAUGGUCAUGCCACUCGAAGUUUAAUUUGUCAAUCUGGGUAUGAACGAUUUCCUUGGCAAUAUUCACAAGAGAUUUCUAAUCAAGAUAAUGGCCACGAGGAUACCAAAAUAUUAGAUGUGGACACAUUGGUGGCGUCACUCAUUGCCACAAUAACAUUUGCAUCUAUAUUUCAAGUGCCUGGUGAUAUCGAUGGUAAUGGUCUUGCUAAUAGGUCAUCAGAUACCAUUUUCAAAGUGUUUUUGUUCUCUAAUUUUGUUGCCUUCUUUGCAUCUAUAACUGUGGUGAUUGCUUGGGUUUUUCGAGAACGAUUGCAAACAAAGAUGAUGGCAAAUAGAUCAAUACUGGCUAAAUUAUCUAUGCUAAGCUUGGGAACUUCCAUAGUCUCUACAGGCCUUGCUUUCUUAAGUGCAAAUAUUCUUGUCACGAUACCUCGUGCAAAUAAGGAGAAUCGUAAUCCAGAUCAUAAGGAAUUUCAUAUGAUCAAGGUUGCUGAGAUCCUGAUAGCAUAUAUAGCGCCAUCACUUGCAAUUAUGUUCUUAUCAGUAGCAUGGCUAAUUGAAUAUAACUUCAAAGCAACCAAUAAGCGACAAACUGAACUUAAGCAACAACUCAGCUCAAUGCUGAAUUCCCCCUAUACGAGAUAUCCUCACGAGAGAAAAAGAUACAAGAAAUCUUUCACAGAAAAAAAUACAAGAAAAUUUUCACAUCCGCGCUUGUCCAGCAAACAACCUUGGAAAAAGAUUCCAUUUUUUUGUAGAACUCCCGUGGAACAACAGGUUGAACUCUACCAUCAACUUUUCUGCGUUGCAGAAGUUGGCGCCCACGAUUGGACUGUGGACUCCGCGAAAGAUGACGAUGUGGCAAACGCACGAUUGCCUGCGACGCCUAUGAUAUGUUUUGCCCGAACCGCCCAUUCCCAGAAGACUCAGCAAUUCAUCAUUUUUCGGUUUUCAGAGAAUAAAAAAGGAAGAGAUAGAGAGACAUAG